AUGCUGCGUCGCACGCUGUCAUUUGCUUUUGCGUAUGUGAAAUGCCCCCCUAUAGUGAAUGAGCCGAUGGACUCCUUCGAACCGGGAAGCCCCUCAGCAAAUGGUACCCUGGAGGCCUGCAGUCGCUUGCGCCAUAGCGUCGCGGACUGCCCGAUUGUGAUUGGGGGGAAAGAGUACCGCACAGAAAGCCUUAUUCGUCGCAUGAUUCCGUCUAGUCACAAGCAACACCUUGCGACGUCGUACAAUGCUACACCAGAGUUAGCGCAGAAGGCCGUUAACACCGCACUGGAGGCAUCACGCGCGUGGAGCCAAACACCCUUCAGAGAUCGUGCCGCCAUCUUUCUUCAUGCGGCCCACCUUAUUUCGACCAAGUAUCGCCAUGAACUGCGGGCGGCGACGAUGCUGGGGCAGAGUAAGAAUCCUUUUCAGGCAGAAAUCGACGUGAUCGCUGAGGCAUGUGACUUCCUGCGUUUUUCAGUGAAGUUUGCAGAAGAUUUGUACCGCGAUCAGCCUCUCUCCCCAAGCAGUGGCGCCAUUUGGAACGGACUUGACUACCGCCCACUCGAGGGGUUUGUCUCAGCCAUCGCACCAUUUAACUUUUCUGCCAUCGCCGUGAACCUUGUUGCCUGUCCUGCCUUGAUGGGUAACGUUGUGCUGUGGAAGCCGUCGCCAAAUGCGGUGCUCUCCAAUUAUUUACUGUAUAAGGUGUUUGAGGAGGCGGGCUUGCCCGCGGGAGUGGUGAACUUUAUGCCAUGUGAGCCAGCCGUCAUGACUGACAUUGUUCACGCCCACCAAAACCUCGCCGGCGUCGCCUUCACCGGUUCCACAAAGGUGUUCAUGGAGAUUAACAAGCAAAUCUACGCAAAGUUGGACGAGUACCGCAAUAUUCCGCGUAUAAGUGGAGAAUCGGGUGGGAAGGAUUUUCAUGUCAUUCAUCCAAGCGCUGAUUUGAAGCUUGCGGCCGCCGUGACGAUACGUGGCGCGUUUGAGUACCAAGGUCAGAAGUGCAGCGCUACCUCUCGUCUGUAUGCCCCAAAGAGCCGAUGGGGGGAGUUGAAGGGGUAUCUGCUUGCUGCGCAUGAACAGCUCAAGAUGGGUCAACCAGAUGACUUUAAGAGCUUCUUGUGUGCAGUUAUUGAUGAAGUUGCCUUUGAACGCAAUAAAAAGUAUAUUGACAUUGCUGCUGCAGAUGCAUCCGCAUAUUCUAUUAUUGCUGGCGGUUUAUGCGACAAGUCAGAGGGCUGGUUUGUGCAGCCGACAAUCAUUGAAUCAAAAAACAGUCAGUCAGAGCUGAUGCGAGAAGAGAUCUUUGGACCCAUCUUAACAGUCUAUGUUUAUGAUGACAGCAAGCCAGGGUUCUGGGCUGAGGUGUGUGAGGUCGUUAACAGCACCACAAAGUAUGGACUCACUGGUAGCAUCUUUGCGCAGGACCGGCAGGCGAUCCGUGAUGCGACGGGAAAGCAUCUGCGUUACGCUGCGGGCAACUACUACAUCAAUGACAAAUGUACCGGGGCGGUUGUAGGCCAGCAGCCAUUUGGUGGUGCUCGUGCAAGUGGUUCAAAUGACAAGCCAGGCAGUCCCCUCUUCUUGACCCGAUGGGUCUCGGCACGUACUAUCAAGGAAAACUUUGACCACAGUUCACAGGUCUCAUAUCCACACCAAUUCCCAGACCACGUGGUUGUUUAG